CGCUGUUCAGUGUACAACCGAGCGCCGCAACAGUUGCGCGCGCGCACGACCGCCCGACAGCCCAUACGAGUCGCCCGCAGUGCGAUCGCCGCGGAACACCGAACAGUGAUGAUACGUCUAGCGCGUAAACAUGAGCGCUUGACGCAUUGGAAAGUCUAAUCGUGAUGCAGUCCAGCCGCAAGCAUUGACACUCGCAGACGGAGCGGCGCCGUCGCCAAUGGACCCGACCCCCCGCGCCCGGAUCUCGCCGGUGUCCAAGGAGAUAACGUGAUGUGACAACGAUACGUGUCCGAGUGUCAGUGGAAUAGUUUUGUGAAAGUGUGCAGCGGCCGCGCGGGCCAGCCCGCCCCGUCACCAUGUUGAACUGCACCGACCUGGAGUGCAUCCUGCACCACCACCACUACUACGCUCAUCUGCAUCACAUACACCACCUGCAAAAUGCGCAGGAAUCAGCAAUGUCGGCCGAUGGGUCGACGACAGAUAUCAAUGGGCUGCUCAACGACACCGAAUCGGAUCUCACCGGGCUAUCGCAUGUCGAUGCCCCGAAUGAUGCGAAUUACAUGAUAUGCGGCGUGGUGAUUGCCAUGGCCCUUGUGGGCCUUAUUAUAGUGCUGCUGGCACUAACGAUAAAUCUAUCUUUCCAGGACAACUUGAUGCAGCCAGUCGGCAAUGAGCGGGCGAGUUUCCGCAGUCUUCGCAAGAAUAUUGGCGGCCGCUGGAAGCGGCUCGUGAAAAAGAAGCCCGAACAGGAGGUGUAUACGAUCCCUCCCGAGCUCAAGCCCCAGCUGAAGCAGAUAUACGUCUACUAGCCGCUGCUACUAGACGCCUGCACCACCUAAAGUCUCUAGAACAACCUCUAGAGCGACAAGCGCAAUUUAUAUAGCGCGAAGGCAGAAAUCUUCAACGCAGAAAUGACCGCAACCAUCGACUAAUGGUUGUAAUUACAAAUCCAUAUCAUGCCUCGAAUAUCAAAAUUUCUUAAAACACCGCAGUGCCUCUUCGCCCAUAUCUUUGGACAUAUCGUUUUCAUCGAUUUAUUCUUAUGACCAAUAUCAUUUUAUAUCUUUUCUCAUUCAGCACUCUAUUGUGAUUUUUAAAAACUAGAUUUGUAUUAAUAAGUAUUAGAAAACUGAUGUCUGUGUGUUGUUCCGUUGCUGAAGAAUUUGUUUGUAAAAAGAAUGAGUGAUAGUCAAUGAAUUUAGUUUAAUUAAUUUAAAGUAAUGAAUGAACUUAGGAAAAUGCGGUCGCGCAUACUAGUGACGAAAAUCCAAUAAUAUUUGUAAAGAUUGAUUGACGAAGAUGCCUCGUUGAAUGUAAUUCUUUUGACUAAUUAGGGCAUUUUGUAGAUCAUUAACUUAUUGUAGACGUGAGCGUAUAUUUAGGUGAGCGUCGAUCAAAUUGUGAAGCUAUAUGCUAUACGAAUGUGUACUGAUGUUUGAGAAUUACAAUGGGCAUAUAUGUAAGUGUAUAUACCAUAUCGUUCGAUGCAGUAUUUUUAUAUCAUUCGUUUAUGUUGUGAGUGAGACUGAAUUAUGGUACAAUUUAAAUGUAACUUUGAAAAUGAAAUUAUUUUCCGAUGUUGUUGAAUGUUUUCAUAUCGAGAGUAGUCAAGAAUCGAUUCCACAGCAAAGAAUGUGAUCUAACAUUGUAAAGUUAUAUUACACGCAUGCUAUUGUAGAGUAAUUAUUGAUUUUCGCCCGGUCUUUGCCUACUGUGAUAUCAAAAUAAAUUAAAAACAAAUGAAACAUGAA